AUGAUAAGUCCCACUGAUGACGGAUUCUCAGAUGCAGAUAUCAAAGGGCUCAAGCUCGCAUUCUCACAAAGCUGCAGCACUGCCAACGAAGCGACCACUAGCUCAAGUUUGGGGAUAGCUCUGGCACCAGCGAACUACAGAACUGGCUUGCAGUUCAACAAGGAUGCAGGUAUCCCUGAGCAACGAAUUCCACCAUGUGGUAGUAUUUGGACGGGAUCACCGGUAGACGUCAAAGGUAAAGGCAAGGGCAUCGCACGGAGCCUUGACUGGCAUUUGGCUACCAUGGCAUCGAAUGAUAGGGAGCGCGAGGAAAUGACCUACAAGCUCCUCGAAUGUCUCCCUCGUUCUGUACUUGCAAGUCUACAGCGCAGAAUGACCCCUCUGUUGCAGUUCGAUAUCGUCGGGUCCCUUCCCACAGAACUUUCUCUCCUCAUUUUCGCGCAUCUCCCAUCAGCUUCUUUGCUCACCUGCUCUCUUGUCUCUAAACGUUGGCACGCCCUCGCGGUAGACCAAGUACUUUGGCGUCGUCUUUGCUAUGCACAUGGCUGGGAAUGGCGCACGGACGUUGCCGCGCCCACCCCUUGGGAUGGACUUGGUGGUGCAGAUCCUGCAGAUGAAGUUGUUCGUGAAGAAAGAGAUGAAGAUGAAGGUAUGGGCGACGAAGAGGAGGACGAGGACGAAGGGAGUGGUGAAGGCGCGGGAGAUAUCGUCGAUUUUAUAGGAGACGACUCAGUGGACUGGACGUCUAUACCGAUGAAUGUUGACGACAUUGAAGCACAGGGUCUAUCCCAUCUUCUCAUACCUAUGACUUCGACUGCAUUAUCUUCCUCAUCGACAACUGCCAUCACUCCGAUAUCUCGUAUCGCAUCGCAACAUGGCGUUUUGCCACGAAGUGCGCAUCUUGCGCCGGACUAUAAGCUCCUCCACCAGACGCACAUGCUCCUACACAAUCGUUUCUGCCAGGGUGCAUAUUGCAGGCGUACACUGCCUUGCGCAGAUGCCGGUGGACACAACGCUGCAGUAUACUGUCUUUGGUUAUGGACGUAUCCAGCAGGGCUUGAUGGUCGGUCCCCACCCCUGCAGGUGCUAUUCACGGGAUCGAAAGACCGCACUGUCCGGGAGUGGGAUCUGCGCACGGACCGCGUACGGCGCGUGGUCGGUGAAUUGCAUGAUUCUAGUGUCCUGAGCUUAUGCGUAUCUUCUGACUAUGCGAAGUCGGGAGAUGGAGAGGAGCCCCUGGUGAGCGAGGUUAGCAGUGCUGGGUUGCUGGGGCGUGUUGUUGUUUGGGACCUCGGCGAGGACAAGCUGGUCAAGGUCCUGCAAGAUCAUCUUGACAGUGUACUUUGUGUUCGUGUUAAUAGUGGGAGGCUGGUGACGUGUUCCAAAGACAGGACUGUCAGAACAUAUGGAUUUCCGUCCUUGAAGCCCCAAUUUGUGUUUCGUGCACAUCGUGCAGCUGUUAACGCUGUUUCUGUCGUUGGUGACGUGAUAGUGUCUGGCUCUGGUGACCGUUCCAUACGCGUUUGGAAUGCAAAUACUGGCGUGCUUAUCAGCACUUUUGAGGAACAUCACGCACGAGGCAUUGCCUCUAUCGAGUUCAAGCCCCCAUAUUUGUUGUCUGGCUCAUCAGACAUGCAUUUGCGAAUGUUUGACAUAGCUUCGUCGCAAGGCUGGUCGACAAACCCUGAGUUCAACAGCGUUCCUUCAGCUGCGGUUCCCACCUCGACCUCCUCACAAUCGCAUGCCCAAGAUAAUAUUGCAAUGAUACCGGGACAGGGGACAGCACCAUUCUUUUUGCAUUCCUCCCUAACACGAUCCAUACCUGAUACCCCGCGGGCAGAUGUAAAUACUGUCGUGUGCCAUGCUUGUGGGUCGCAUGGAUUGGCUGCGCGGCGUGAACAAGAGAGACAUACGCAUCUUGUGCGAAGCGUUGCCCUUGGGGAGGAGUUUGCUGUCAGUGGGAGCUAUGAUUUAACCAUUAAGGUGUGGGACAGGAAGACAGGGGCGCUGAUCGCUGACCUGAACGGCGGCCACACAGGAAGGAUCUUCUGUGUGGGAUUUGAUUGUACCAAGAUUGUUUCGUGCGGGGAAGAUCAGAGGAUCUGUAUUUGGGAUUUUUCUCAUGGGAUUGAUACAUCUUUCAUCAAACUGUAGCUCUAGAACCAUGCGAUACCCCGUGUUUUAGAAAGCCUCCCCUAUGGGCCCUGUAUUAAUUGAUCUUUUUGUGCUGCCGAAGUCGUGCGUGUCCUCUCGGCGGCCUGGCAUGCUGUAAGUAUGGGCGUUGUAUUUUCAUUUCGGCGGGCGAUGUUUGUCCAUACUCCAGCUUUAGUACUUUAAUGGCAGCUUAUUGGAAAUCCAUGGUGUUGUUGUGUAUGAUGUCAC